ACAGUAAAGCUGGAGAGGUGGUUUGUGUUCGGAUGUAUGGAGGUUGGAGCUGGGAUGAUGACGACUGUAGCCGUUUAUUACCUUUCGUGUGUUUUGAAGAAAGAAAAAACAGUUACAUAUUUAUUAAUUACACAAAGAGCUGGCGUGAUGCUCAGAGCUACUGCAGAAAGAACUACACAGAUCUGGCCAGCGUGAGGAACCAGGCUGAGAAUGACGAGAUAAAGAAGGUAGCCAAUGGAGCAACGGUUUGGAUCGGCCUGUUCAGAGACUCCUGGAAGUGGUCAGAUGAGAGUUACUCCUCAUUCCGAUACUGGAAGCAAAACCAGCCAGAUAUUUCUAGUGGAAAAGAGAACUGUGCUCAUAUAGUAAUGACUGACGGGGGCUACUGGAAUAAUGCAAAUUGUGAAACAAAGUUUCCAUUCAUCUGCUCUGAGAAGAAAAACUCUACAUACAUGUUGGUUAAGGAGGCAAAGACCUGGCGUGAAGCUCAGAGCUACUGCAGAGAACAUUACACAGACCUGGUCAGUGUGAGGAACCAGAUUGAGAACCAGCAGAUAUUUGAUUCAGCAAAACAGUCAGUCAGUGACAGUGUGUGGAUUGGCCUGUUUAAUGAUUCCUGGAAGUGGGCAGAUCAGAGUAGCUCUUCAUUCCGAUACUGGGCAUCAACACAGCCAGAUAAUUAUGGUGGAAAUCAGAACUACACUGCAGUGUUUAUGACUGAGCAGGGCCGAUGGCAUGAUGUAAAUGGCAACAGCCAGCUUCCAUUCAUCUGCCAUCAGAAUAAGCUGAUCUUGAUCAAGCAGAAUCUGACCUGGAGAGAAGCUCUGAGAUACUGCAGAGUGAAUCAUGUGGAUCUGGUCUCUGUUCACUCUGAGGAGAUCCAGCUCUGGGUGAAGGAGGUGGCACAGAAAGCCUCCACUGAACAUGUGUGGCUGGGUCUGCGUCACACCUGCACCCUCAGCUUCUGGUACUGGGUGGAUGGAGAGUCUAUCUGCUACCAGAACUGGGCUCCAGGUAACGGGACAGGAGGAGAAGACUGCAGCUCUGUAGAGAGAACCGGAGCGGUGCAGUCUAGAGGAGGUCAGCAGUGGGUCAGCCUGCCUGAGGACCAGAAACUCAACUUCAUCUGCACCACCUAUGAAGAUUGAAUGAAAACAGUGAUGAAGAAUGGAAACAAGCUGUGUUCCAUCGUCUGUCCCCAACAUCAGUGGAUCCACGUUACUGUCAUGUCUAUGUUUGCAUGUCUGUACAGAUUAAGGAAACUAAUAAGAUGCAUAACACUUUUUUUUUUUUGUGUCUCACAAUUUGCAACUAAACCUAUUUAGAAUUGCUACAGAGAUUGAAGGCGAUAAGCAGACAUCAAAUAAGUUUUAAUUCAUUUAAAUCAUUAUAUUUUGAUUCUUUUUUGUUUCUUGUUUCUGAGCAUUAUUUUUGGUAAUAUGAUUAUUAUGAUAAUUAGUAAUUAGUAAUUAUUAGAAGUUGUAGUAGAGGUGUUAGUAGUAGCAAUAUUGGUGGUGGAUUCAUUUAUUCUUUUUUUCAGUUAUUUCCAAUUGUAACAUCUGCUUUAUGACACUAACAAACCCUGGAGUGUUAUGGCCCAUUUACCUUUUUACAAAACUGUAAACUGUAACAUAUAAAGCCAACAACAUGUUAAUUAAAUCUCUUACAAGCUUAAAAUGUUUUUGUUUUAACAAAAGUGAAAG